AUCCUGCCGCUGGGAACGGGGCUCCCGAAUUCCCGGGUCCCGCCGGUGCGAGCAGCCCGUCCGGGCCAAACGACCGGGAGCGGGGUGGGCGGCGAGGGGAGGGAGCGGCUCCCGGUGCGGACGCGCAGCCCCAGACCCGACCGUGCCCGCUGCAGGAGCACCGGGGAGACCCCGGCUGCCCGCCCCGGCUCGUUGCCUGCCGGAUGCUUUGGGGUGGCUGCUGUUCCAAAGCUGAGCACCGAGUUUGUCCCCCAGCAGAGCAAACGAGGUACCUGCACAAAUGGGGAAACGGAGGCACUCUUUGCUGGGAACAGCAGUGACAGCAGCAGAAUGAGCAGCCCAUUGAAAAAAGAGAGCUCGAACCGCCUGCUCCUUCUCCCUUUGCUCCUGUCUGUCCAGAACACGAAGGGUCCGCAGCCCCCAUCCCAUCACUGCUGCCAUUCCUCCCCCGUCUCUCCCGCCCUCCUUGUGGUUCCCUCGAUGCAGGAUCUGGCCGUGCCGUUCCCAGAGUCCCCGACGGAACGCGCUGCCGCCCCACCGACGGUCAGUGCCGGUCCUGCUGCUGCCCGCAGCCCUGAGCCCUGCCCGCCCUGCGUCUCCUGGUUUGCCGUUCCAGCUUUGCCACCGAUUCAGGUCUCAUCCAUCCCUGGCAACUUUACCUCUCCCUGUCCCAGCACCUUUGCCCCUGCCAGCCCUGAGCAGCAGAUGUGGAAGAGGAACCCCAUUGCCCAUAGUCUCCUUAUUCUUUCUGUUCACACAGCUGUCCCUCUCUCAUUCUCUGAUAGCGAAGACUGUUUGGAACCAAAUGAAACUCAAGAGCAUUGCCAUAAACCCAUUCACAAAAUGGUAGGGUGUCAAACGGUUGCAAAAUGCUUCCAAGGGACGUGAGAGCAGUCCCUCGGGUUCCUGCAGCUGCCUGGGAAGAUGCUGGGACUGGGAGUAUCUCACUGCACCAAAGGUGCUCUGAGUCACUCCUUGAUACUGUGUGUGUAUUGCUUACACAUACAUACCUUGGAAGGGGUAGUGCUGCUGUCACUCUGUGCUGUUGCUACCGCUGUCCUGCCUCUGCAGGCAGGGCUGCACACAGAGGAGGGCUUCAGAACUAGUGGAGUAGACAUAUAUAUUCAUUUCUCUGCUCCAUCAAUGAGUGCUCUGAUAGCUACUAAGCCACCACUUUAUGUUCCCAGCUCCCCUAUGAAAAGGGAAACAAAGCACUGCUGGGCUUUAUACAGACAGGUCAUGAGUUGUGGGCAGCCAGGUAGAGCCCUGAAGUUGUGGGAAAGACAUGCAGCCAGGCACUUAGCAGCCUGCUACCACCUCCUGCUAAGUCACCAUGCUCCUGGUCACCCACUGUCCCUGAUAAGAGCAUUCCAAGCUCCCUGAAUUCCUUUUCCAACAGGAUCAAGAAUUAUGCUUGUAGCUGAGUGAUAAAUUGUAACAGAAGUAGCUCCCUGACUGUCAGAACCAAUUUUUGCCAAGUGAAGCAUGAACUGCUCGCAUGCACAUCAAGGGAAGUCAGAUGCAGACUGUAACCAGACUCUGUGACAUGCCAGCACUCUGAAGUGAUCCCACAGCAAAUCACACCAGUGAGGGGAUGUUUGCAAAGUUGCCUUCUUUGAUUUGCUGAGAGGCAUGGAGGUAUUCCCUGUCUUUUUGUUCUCUUUAGAUCAGCCUUUGAAGAGGGCUGACUGUGACUUAUCUGCCUUGCAAGAGAGAGAGAGCAAAGGAAGAGCAUCUGUUGAUGAGCAGGAUGGUGGGGAGGGGACAGCAGUCAUCCUACCAGGCAGCACAGGCACAGUCUGUGUGGAUGUUAAUACGAAGCUGGUUUCUGGCUGAGCUGUCAGAUGUUAGAAAGGCUUUGCUAACGAUUUUCUCAGACCUACGGAAGGACCUCAGGGUAUGCACAGGGUAUAGCACUGAGCCUAAGCCAGUGCAAUCAAGUAGCAAUAGGAGUACAACACCCAUAACAGCCUGAGCACACUGCUGCACGCAGGGAAGCUCUCUGGUCCUGAGGGUGUUAGGUAACAACAUCGCUGGUCCUUCAGCCAGAUACUGGGACCAGACUCCCUGGCGGGUGUGGGUGAGCUCCCCUGCUUCUCAUACAUUCAUACAGUGAGGGGUGUUCAGUUCCGGUGUGGCUGUAGGGCGGACUUUUGGCUAUACUGAGAACUGACACUGCCAUUUUAAUUGGUGCUGUUCACACACCAAUGCAGAGCUGAGAUCACAUCUAUCAUCUACCAAAGAUAAAUAGCCUGCACCUCAGUGCCGGUCAGCCCCCUUUUCCGGAGGAGUCAGUUCAUUCCUCUGCCAUACAGGCAGCAUAAAUAGGCCAUUCCACAUCUACGAACCUCAAGGUUUCUAUGAAGGAGAAGAGGCUCAGCCAAAGAUCAAGUUUCUGUGCUGCACUCGCCACAAGGCAAAUUUACUUUCAGACAGCCUUGAGGACCCUUCUGCUUCAGGACUGGUAAGUAUCCAAGGGAGAAAUCUGCAUGUUUACAAAUGAAGGGCAGUGACCUGGGUUCCAGAGAGUAGGGGUAGCAUGUGCUUCCUUCCCUGAUGAAGGAGAGGCUGUAACUCCAGGAGGAGCAUUUGACUCUUAGCAGCUGCUGGGAAGUCCACGGGAGGCCAAGGACUGCAUCCUGCUUUGUAGCCUUUACGUGCCUUUUAACACUGUCUUCAUUGCAGCAGUGGUUGUGUUAAAUAGAGCUUGCAGUGACUCCAAGCAGCUGACAUCCCCAAAUCUGCACCGAUACCUGGAGCACCUGCAGACCCACGCUCACAUGCCUCUUGCAGUGCUUCUGCUUCAGGCACUGCACUUCACACACUGCCUGUGCUCCCAGGCCAAUUCCCAAACCUGAAUCAGAAUGCACAAGCUAGAGCUUUAUUAAUUGCAGAGAUUCCACGAUCUCCAUGCUUGUGGUAAGCCAGUCUUGGACCACACAGUAGUAACCACAGCACACCCAUACAAACACUGCAGAGGGAAAAGGACUCCAGUCAUGUUUAUUCAAGGGAAACUAUGCCUGUGAACAAAGAUAGAUAGAUAUAAAAUAUAUUCUUCCAGCUCCAGAACUAAAAAAACACGCAGAUUUCUGUGCCUGUGAUGGAGAACUAGAGUUUCUCCAUGCAACCUCAUCUUCAGCUUGCAAUCCAAAUGCUUGUUUUGAUGGCAGGGGACUGAUGCAGAAAGCCCAGUUCUAGGGGAGAGCUGCCCUGUGGGGCAGAGAGAAGAAAUUUGUUUCUGGAUCACUGGAAGCAAAGCAUAGGGUGUCCCAUCAGAGUUGCCCUCCCCAGAAACUCAUUACUUGGGCACAACAUGGAACUGGGUAGUAGCUGUCACUGCAAAAAACGUUUCCAGCCUGUAUCUAGUGUGUGAUGCUUGUUCUAGGUGCAGGUACUGAAAGGACUGAAACAGAAGCUAUAAAACUGUAUGUCAGUAUUGGCGGAGCAAACACCUCAGAUCAUCCAGCUGGUUGGUUCGAGGUUGGAGCCCCACUGUUGGGAACAAACCUCACAGCCCUCCUUCCAUCAGCUGGACCAGCUGGGAGGUGAAAAUUCUGUUUCCCUUCUCCCACACAGUUGGAGGCUGCGCCACCUAUGGGGACAGAUGCUAUCCUCUCCACUCCCCCAGGUCUCAUUUCCAGCAUCAUCAAGGUGAAAUCUGAGGCUGGGGUAUGGAUUCCUUCCAGGGCCAGAAUGGGGGAGCAUGGAACCCUUUACUCCCACCUUACCCUCACCUAUCCUGCAGGCCAGCAGUGACCAGAAGAACCUGCUGAAAUGCAUGUGUGUCACAGAGCUGAGAGCAGAGCUGUCUGUGUCCUGCCAGCCAACAGAUCCAACAGAUCAUCAACCUAACAGGCCAAGCAGCAUUUCUCCAGUCUCUCACCUCUCUCCCUGUGUUGCCACAGGCUCCAGCAACUCACCACGGCACAGAAUGAUGGAGCAUGAGGACGUCACCAGCUUGGCUGGGUACUGGAAUUCCUCUGACAGUUACCAGUUCAGCCCUGCUAGUGUCAUUGUUCCUGUGGUCUUCUCCCUCAUCUUCCUCCUGGGCACAGUUGGGAACAGCCUGGUGCUGGCAGUGCUGCUGCGCAAUAGGCAAAUGGGCCACAACACUACCAACCUCUUCAUCCUCAACCUCAGCCUGGCUGACUUCUUCUUCAUUGUCUUCUGCGUGCCUUUCCAGGCCACCAUCUACUCCCUUGAGGGCUGGGUCUUCGGUUCCUUCAUCUGCAAGGCUGUCCACUUUUUCAUCUACCUCACCAUGUACGCCAGCAGCUUCACACUGGCUGCUGUCUCUGUGGACAGGUACCUGGCCAUCCGCUAUCCGCUGCGCUCCCGGGAGCUGCGAACCCCCUACAAUGCAAUGGCUGCCAUGGCUGUGAUCUGGGGUCUCUCUGUGGUCUUUGCUGGGCCCUACCUGAGCUACUACGACCUGAUUGAGUGGGAGUCCAGCUAUAUCUGCAUGCCUGGCUGGGAGGAGUGGAGACGCAAGGUCAUGGACACCAGUACAUUUGCCUUUGGCUAUGUCAUCCCAGUUCUGGUCAUCAGCCUCUCCUACACCAGGACCAUCAAGUACCUGUGGACAGCAGUGGAACCCUUGGAGGACAUGUCAGAGUCCAAGAAGGCCAAGCGGAAGGUAACUAAAAUGAUCAUCAUCGUAACUAUCCUUUUUUGCCUGUGCUGGCUGCCCUACCAUGUAGUCAUCCUCCGAUACCUCUAUGGAGAUUUCCCUUUCAACCAGGCCACCUACGCCUUCCGUCUGCUUUCCCACUGCAUGGCCUAUGCCAACUCCUGCCUCAACCCCAUCGUCUAUGCCCUGGUAUCCAAACAUUUCCGUAAGGGCUUCAAAAAAGUCUUCAGCUGUCUCCUGAGGAAGAAGCACCGCAACAAGGUGCAUGUGUUACAUGCUGCUCACAUUGUGCCUGGCUUUGAGGCAGGCUCCACUGAAGUGUCCCAGGUGCAUGAGGAAAAUAACAGGUGUGAGCUGAACCCAGACUCCCUGGCAGUCCCCUCUGGUUCUUCCAAGCACCUUCACCUUUCUUAGUAGCUCCACACCAUCUGCCAGCCCAGCUGUGCCAUCUGCCUCAUGCCACUCUCUCCCAUUGAAUGAGACAGGAUGCUAGGAAAGGCAAGACAGAAACCUUGCUAUAUCCUGCUUCUGGCCUUGCUGUUCCUUUUCUUUCUGGGUAUCAACUGUCCUCCUAAGCUGCCUCCCCACAUCUUAUGUACAAGGAAAGGAAUGGACCCACACUUGCUCCUGAUUCACAGCCCACCUGGAGUUCAAGGACUAAUGCUCCAGCUCUUCUGUUGACUCUCAUCCUUCUAAGUCCUCUACUUAGCAGCCCCACUACAUUGGACACAUUUGUUUGCUGUCAGAUGGUCCCUUCUUGCCUCCUGUUGUCUGAUCUGGACAAAGUGUUUCUUAUGGAGUGGCAAGGGAGACAGGCAGCAUAAGCAGGGCCAGGUGAACAAAGGUGGGACAGAGAGCAACCAGCAUUGCCCGUGGAUGGUUACAGUGGUGGUUUCUGUACUGGCUGUGCUGCUUUCCUGGUGGCCAAGUCCUUCCCUGUGGUGUGGGGCUGUGGGUUGUCUGUAUGUGUGCAAUGUUGCUGCUGUAAAUAUUAGGGAGAUGUUUUUCUGACCCAGAGUAAAUAAAUGCAGUUCCCUAAUGCAGGCAAUAGAGGGGCCUCUGAUGGUGAUUUGGGAUAGGAAUGGACUACCUACACAUCACUGUGGCCUUUUUCUGAACUGGUAUAAAUAUGUGUACUACAAAAAUUACUAUCAAUUACUAUCAAUUCAACUGAGCCAAACCCUGCCUCACAUCCCCACUCUCACACCACAGCCACGUUUACUGACAUGAUCACUGGGCCUUUCUGCUCAUCCUCAGACCAGGCCCAGGUAGGAGGAGGUUCAAAGGAAGAGUUUCUGGAUGGCGUUGGUCCAGGGUUUGCCAAGAGGUCACCAUCAUUGUCAACAUAUAGUCACACGCUCUCUGGUCACACGCUCUCCCUCACCUCAAACCAUCAAACUCCUGGCCUAGGAAACCACACGUGCAAAGAGUCACUGCCCAGAGAUGUACAGUCUUUCCCUUACCCUGCCUGCACAUCUCUUGAUGUCAGAUCAAUCACUCUGCAACACAGAUGAUAUUUUUCUCAGAAGACAACUGAACGCCACCAGACACAGCUCAGAAUCUACCAUCAACAUAUAAAAGCAGCUUUGCCCAUCCAUCACUCUUUGGAUGCCCUGUGGGCAGUCAAGCAGCCAGUGGUCAGAGUGAGCUGGGUAGGUUAUGGUUUG